GCCCCCAAGCUGCCCGUGGUCGUGCGUGCAGACGCCCCCUCUUCAACCACAUCUCACCACUCCGCGACCUACAUAUAUAUCAUUCUUCCUUCCUUUGUCACUAUUCUUCCAUUCCCGACUCGAGCUCAGACCAUCCCGCCGGAAAGUCAAACUUUGUUCCGACGCCAAUCCCGCUGCGCGCGUGCUCACUUGUUACCUCGCUCCCGUGACUCUCACGUUCUGAGCAUGUCGCAUCCCGCACCACACGUCGACACCGACGAUGCUUUCCCGCUGAAGCCGCAACCUCGCAACCGCCGUGCCUUCGAGCUCCCCACACCUGACUCCGAGCCGACAACACCGACCGAAGCAAAUUCGCCUACCAAUCUCAGUAUGAGCGACGCAAAUGGGACACAGAAGGACGCGAAGAGCGAGGCGCCGUCACGGAAUCGCUCGUUUCUGAACUUGACCACGAGCACGCUUUUUGGCAUUUACCAAGACACUGGGUUCGAUACGGCAUCACAGCAGCCGACCCCUUGGGGAACCGGAGCACAAACUCCAGCUGAAAGCCGAGCUGCCUCGAUCGACUGGGCGCGUCAAGCACUGCCAUCGGAUGCUUUCGAGCGAAGGACGACGAACGGCAAUACGAUCAGACGGAAGAGCUUUAACCCUGAGCUACAAAAACGGCACAUUCGUCCUGCUACGGGCGUGGCGAGUUAUCUGCGGACAUUGGGUAGAGCAACAGCUUUGUUCGGCGUUGGAACUCUAUACGGCCUCUUGAUCAGUCAUCUCCACGACAAACAACAGCUCGCACCUGUGAAGGUGAACUUGGACCGGGAAAAGUGGUCGUACCUGGCGACAUGGGGAUGCAUUGCUGUUGUGCUGGGCGAGGCUCUGCCAUAUGUUGAUUCGCUCUGGGAUUCAGACGAGGAUGCGCUCGAGGAUGAAGACGUGAACAGCCGGCAACGACAUCGGCCUCGCCAGGACUGGAUGGACAUUGUUCGAAGCAUCGGCGCAUUUGUCGGGAUAGCAUUCGCGAUUCGCAAAUUGCCAUGGCAGAGCACACUACAACUGAGCUUGACGCUCGCACUCGCAAAUCCUGCCGUCUGGUACUUCAUUGAUGGCUCUCCACUGGGCUUCAUCCUUAGCGCUUUCGUGUCUAUCAUGGGAACAGCAUUAUUACUUGUUGCGAAUCCUGCUUUGAUUCCACCUCCAAAUCCGGCGCAGGUGAUUCAGGAGCAGAUUGGGAGACAUACUGGAAGCGGUAUCGUGAAUGGCAGUCUGCAUGUUUUGCGAGACGAGGACUAUAUUUUGGGAAUUUUCAGUCAAGAAAGCGUAGGCGUUGCGACGUGGAUCGCGAGUGUCUUAUUUGUGAGCGCAGUGUGCUUUGGUAAUAUUGGGAGGAGACUUAAGGGGAGUGACAGAAAUUGAAAGGUCUUUCGAUAGAUCAUGUUCAUAAUUGGUAUGUAGGCAGCUUCAACAAGCAGUCGAUUGGGAAAUCUUCCGAAGCAGACACAAAAGUCCGGCAAACUAUGGGAUACAAGGGACAAACUUAUUGCGA